CGUCCCAGACAAACACAAAGCACCGCCCAAGCCAUGUCGCACGCCGCCCUCAAGCGCCUCGCCAAGGAGUACAAGGAGCUCCUCGCCUCGCCCAUCCCGAGUGUUUCAGCGGUCCCUAACGAAGACAACGCCCUCGUGUGGCACGCCAACAUAGCCGUGCCGCUCGAGGUGGACACGUCGACGCUCCUAGUUGCGCCAAUGCACCUGGUCAUCCAGUUCAAGGCAGACUAUCCUGCGUCGGCACCUAACGCUGGCUUCCUCGUCCACUGGCCGUACCGCAUGGGCGCCAGCAGCAUCGGCACUGAGCACGACGGGGCGGAGCUCAAGGGCGCCCAAAUAAUCUGCCUCGAUAUCCUCGGAAACUUUGGGCACCACCACAGGGAGUGGGCCGGACAGCGCGGAUCUGGGUGGAGUCCGGCGUACUCGGUCUCGACGCUGCUGCUCAACCUGCAGGCGCUCCUGCUGGAGCUCGACGGCAGCCUGAGCCCGCGGGAGAAGCGAGAUCUGUACCAGCGCGCACGGAGCUACCGCUGCGAGAUCGGCGAUUACGAGCACUCGGGCGAAGCGCCGUACCCGCCGCUCGAGACGGAGACGCCGACGGAGCUGGCCGAGGCCACGCCGCUGGCGGCAACGCCGGUCGCGCGGUGCUACUUCUCGCUGCUCACGCACGAGGAGGCGACGCUCGGCUACGGCGUGUACUUCGAGAAGGGCAAGCCGAAAAGCUUCGGCGAGCUGAUCUCGUGGUCGGCCUUCCACGAGCAGGGCCUGCGGCAGACGUCGCAGAAGGAGCCGUUCACGCACUGGCUGCCCGCCUUCAUCAACCCCGCGCACGCGAGCGAGAGCCCGCAGUGGGCGGCGCGCAUGAAGGCGUCGCUCGCCGAGCUGGCGAAGGCGACCGGCGGCAGCGGCGGCUUCUCCCCGCCGCUCGCCGUGCUCCCCGCGCUGAUCAACUCCAUGGUCGUGGAGAUCAACCGCGGCGACAAGGCCUCGGCGAUCGCCUUCUUCGAGGCGCUCUCCUCCUUCUGGCGCGCGCUCCACUGGUGCGUGACGACCGACGGCACGCUGCGGGCGGAGGCGGUGCGCACGGUGCAGAGCUUCAUCGAAGACCGUGCCGCGCGGCACAAGCGCGCCGUGCCCGACGUCGGCUGCCUGCUCGCGCUCGCCACGGCGCUCGUCGGCGAGUACGACCGCGCCAAGUUCGUCGACGCCUACCUCGACGAGAGCUUCGUGCGCUGCGUGAUGUGGUGGCAGGGCGAGUGCCGAGCGGAGGCGGCGGCCGUCUUCCGGGCGACCGCUGUCAGCCGCGGCAUCUUCCUCUUCCAGCUCACGGUGCUGCGUGAGGUGAUUGGCGACGCCCCGGCCUCGACCGCUGAGGCGAUGGACGCGUCGAACGGCCGGGUGCCCGAGCGCCUCGACGCGCUGCAGGCGGCGUGGAAGGAGCUCACGGGCAGCGCCGAGCCGGCGAGCUGGGACGCGUACGCCGCGGCCACCGGCUGCUCGCCCGAGACGCGCCAGCGGAUGGGCGCCACCACGGACGCGUGGAUCGCCGAGUGCGUGAAGCGCGCCGCGGAGGCCGGCUACUCGCGCGGCAAGGGCAAGGGCAAGGGCGGCGGCAAGGGCGGAGGUGGUGGUGGCAAGGGCGGCGGCGGCGGUGGCAAGGGUGGCGGUGGCAAGGGCGGCGGUGAUGGCAAGGGCGGCGGUGGUGGCAAGGGCGGCGGUGGCAAGGGCGGCGGCGGUGGCAGGGGCGGCGGCGGCAACGGCUACGGCAAGGGCGGCGGCGGCAAAGCUGCGCGGGUGUGAUGAGACAAGCCGCUCAGGCUCACCACCCCCACAUACUUUUGAGUACGUUGCAUGAGCAUGUGUACAAACCUGUGUGCCACCCGAAAUCCAUAGUGUCGCUGGUAUGGUUUCUUUUGUUGAAAAUUUGCGAAGUGCGGCUUCA